AUGCGCUCGACUUUGACCCAAUCCUCGGCAAAAGUCGUGAGCAAAGUCCCAUUUGAGGAGAGAGACGUGGGUAUUGGCUCGAUGAGCGAGGCGGUUGAAGCCGAGAAAAAGCGGUGGCAAGAGCGCGGCGAAGGAAAGCGCCUGAGAGCGGCGCUGAAAGCCCAGAAACAGAGGCGGCGAGAGUGUGGCGAAGUAAAGCGCUUGGAAGAGGCGGUGAGCCUGGAAAAGGAGGCGGCGAGAGCACGGCGAAGGAAGCUUGAGAAAGGCGGUCGAAGCCCGCAAAAACAGGCGGCGAGAGCGCGGCGAAGGAAGACGCUUCAUCCGUUGAUCGUUUCAGCCGGUCCUGCAAAGGAGUUGGAGGCAGACGGCUCUGCUGAUAUCUCCUCAAUACUCCCAGCUGUUCCGUCAGCCGUUGUUCCUCCGCCUGUCAGCUCUCUAGCUGCGCCCGAGGAAGAUAGCAUGCUUGUCGACGCUUCGCCCGGCUUCAUGCCCAUGCCCGCUGUGAGCGCGUCGGUCAGCGCGUCGAGGUCAAGCCCGUCGUCUUUGCCCUCUUUGUCGUCUUUGCGACAGGAGCAGUGAGCAUGACGGUCUUGAAGCUUCAGCACCUCGUCCCUCGCGACGUCGAGCCACUCCCUCGUGCUUUGCGCCUCGUUGCUCAGCUGCAGGUCCUUUUGCAGCGUAGCGUGGUCGACGACGCCACUGAGGGUGCGGUGCAGCUCGUUCCUCAUCUGCGCGAGCUCCUCAUCUCUCCUCUCGAGACAAGC